UCUGGAAAUGUCGGCAAAGUUGCGGUUCCAGCUUUGCUUUCUGCUGGUUUCACUGUGACUAUCAUCGCAAGACCAGAGAGCGCCUCUAGCUAUCCUAACGGAGUCACCGUCAAACAAUCAUCUUACAAUGACCUAGAGGCUCUUACUGAAGCCCUGAAGGGCCAAGAUGCUCUCGUCGAAGCCUUCAAUCCUGCUGCCGCUGAGCACCAAAGCAUUAUCGUGCGAGCCGCUCUGGCUGCUGGCGUGCGUCGCCUGAUUACGCCUGAAUUCAGCACUGAUUCCUUUUCAACCCAUGCCGCGGAAAUUAGAAUCUUUGAACCUAAGCAGAAGGCACAAAAAGAGCUUGAAGAGCUCACCUCGUCGCCUGGUUGUACCCUCUCCUGGACGGCCAUUAUCCCCGGAGCAUGGUUUGACUGGGGCAUCGAGCUUGGAUUCUUCUGGAUCGACAAGAAGCAGCGGACCAUUACUCGUUUUGGAUCGGGUAACCAAAAGGUGUCCAUGAGCCGCUUAGAGCUAUCAGCUGAGACCAUCGUAUCUGUUCUUCAAAACCCAGAAAAGUAUCACAAUCGCGUCACUUACGUUGCAGACUACGCCGUCAGCACAAACGAAUUAAUCGCUAUCAUUGAAGAAAUUUCA